AUUCAACUGUAUAAUCUUUUUCGUGCAUUCUUCUUAGAGUUUUACAAUGUUUAACUGUAGUAAUGGUGGACUACUACUCUACUACCAGUUCAGGCCCUCUUGAUGAUUCUGUAUUAUACGAUCAGGAUAAACAUGUUUCAUCUGCAGUAUGGGAUGGGCAGGAGCGAGGUGCACUUAGAUGUCAUGAACACACUUCAAAGCUUAACCAAUGGAAGCUCACUGAGAAACAGGUUGAGUUGGUAAAGAAGGCAGGGUUUGGCUAUUUGAGGCUAAUUCCAGCUAUUAGUUUAGAUAAUCCUCUAAUAUCGGCAUUAGUUGAGAGAUGGAGGAGAGAAACAAACACUUUUCAUUUCACGGUUGGGGAAAUGACUGUGACUCUUGAAGAUGUUGCUUUCUUGAUUGGACUAGCCAUUGAUGGUGAACCGGUAAUAGGAGUUACUUACACAGCUUGCGAAGCAGUAUGUGUUAAAUAUCUAGGAAAAGCACCGGACUCUGGUUAUACAAGUGGUGGUAUGGUGAAACUUAGUUGGCUUAAAGAGACAUUCUCUCAUUGUCCAGAGGAUGCAAAUUUCGAAGAUGUUGAACGAUAUACACGUGCAUACCUUCUUUACCUUGUUGGUAGUACGAUAUUUUCCACUACUACUGGUAAUAAAGUACCCGUUAUGUACCUGCCAUUGUUUGAGAAUUUCGAUGAAGCUGGAAAAUAUGCUUGGGGUGCAGCUGCUUUGUCUUUCUUGUAUAGAGCACUUGGAAACGCCUCUCUUAAUUCUCAGAGCACCGUUAGUGGCUGCUUAACAUUGCUUCAGUGUUGGAGUUACUAUCACUUAAAUGUUGGAAGGCCGAAGCUUAACCAUGACCCGUUGCACCAUUGUUUUCCAUUCGUACUUAGAUGGAAAGGCAAACAAAGUAGUCCAAUAGCAAACCGUGAUGUAGCCUUCUAUCGUAAAGCGUUUGACUGUCUAAGCGCUUCCGAUGUUGAAUGGUGUCCUUACAGAAACCUUAAUCUCACCAUUGUUCCAGAAGAAAUUAAGAAUAUUAUGAUCAUUGGGAGAUCAAGGACAAUGUUAAUAUGUUUUGACAAGGCCGAAAGGCAUCUCCCUGACCGUUGCUUAAGGCAAUUUGAUAUGCCUCAACCGAUACCCAGAGAAGUUACACGAUGGGAGAGGAAAACCAGAGGAGUCGACGGGGGAGUAAACUUGUCGGGUAAAAUGGAAUUGGAACUUAACGAAUGGUCGGAUCGAAGGCUUCAUUUAGUGGAAGGCGUUGAUGAUGCAGAUGAAAGUGAAUACAUGUCAUGGUACAUGAGAAUCACGAGAAGGGUUGUUGGGCGGCCUGUUCCUAUUUCAUCGGAAUUCCAUAAAAUGGAUUCUGCAUUGAGGGAGAUUGCUCAUUUAGCAGAUACAAUUAACACUCAUGGGAUGGAUGAAGAGCAAAUUCAGUCUAUUACAAGAAUCAGGUACAUAGCUCAAGAGCGUUUGACUGACCAGGUUGGAGCUGCGGCGUCCAUAUGUUUGGUCAAGUCGGAGAACGAACUUGGGAACAAGAGAAUAAGGGGGAAGGAGAGGGUAAGAAGGAAAGGAAUUGGAAAACGUAAACGAAAAAAUGAUAACGAUGAUCAACAAUACAAUGCCUUGGCAGAAGAGGACCAUUCCCAGUUGUAUCUGACAGGAAUGGAGGUUGAUCAUACAGAAUCGCUAUGUUAUGCAGAAAAUAGCGAGUAUCAUUCGGUUGUGGACGAAUCCCUUUGUUAUGCACCAUCCUGUGAAGUUGUUGGAUCGCAUUUUUGCGAUGCAACAGACAAUAAUGAGUGCGAUCCUGUGAAGGUUAUUGAUUCGACAUCUCAUGAAUCUGACAAGGAUGUUGGCCAACAACAGAAUGAUUAUAACAGAGUUCUGACUUGAAAGAUGGUUAGAUUUUUUUUUGUCAUUUGGUAUCGCCAAAAUUACUUGAUUUUUAUGAAUACAGCAAGUAUGAGACUGAUUCGGCUCGACUUUAGCGAACUUGGAUGUAACAUACAAGCAGAUGAUUCUGAUUUGUUCGAGGAUUCAUACCUGGGUAUGUUGAGUUUGUAUUGUAACAAUACAUUCUAUUAUUCAUGGCAUUUGCUCUUCUCAAUUGAUUUAAAUAGUUGUUUAGAUAUGAGCACUAAAACAAACUCUCCAUGGUAUCUUAAUAAAUGUUCAGAGAUCUUUUAUC